UAAACAGGAAGCAGCUGAUUUUUUUUUUCUCCCCCCACUUCACUCUGCUCUCACUCAGUAAUGUGUCCAGCCGUGCCCUCUAAGACAAACACAAGCCGUCCUCUGAGCUCACCUGGACACCAGUGACUGCUCAGCCCCGUGGGAGAGAAGUGCUGCAGACGCGGACCCGAGUCAUCUGACCUGCAGCUCAGAGCAAACUUCCCAGCCUCGUCUCCUCAGGGGGAUGUCAAGCUCCGCGAUGAAGAAAAAGGUGUUACUGAUGGGGAAGAGUGGGUCUGGAAAGACCAGCAUGAGAUCAAUCAUCUUUGCCAACUACAUAGCUCGGGACACACGUCGCCUCGGAGCUACAAUCGACGUGGAGCACUCCCACGUUCGGUUUUUGGGCAAUCUGGUGCUAAACUUGUGGGACUGCGGAGGACAAGACACGUUUAUGGAGAACUACUUCACCAGCCAGAGGGAUAACAUCUUCAGAAACGUCGAGGUCCUCAUCUACGUGUUUGACGUUGAGAGCCGCGAGCUGGAGAAAGACAUGCACUACUACCAGUCGUGUCUGGAGGCCAUCCUGCAGAACUCCCCCGAUGCCAAAGUGUUCUGUCUCGUGCACAAAAUGGACUUGGUUCAGGAGGACCAGAGAGAUCUGAUCUUUAAGGAGCGGGAAGAAGAUCUAAGGAGGCUGUCUAGACCUUUAGCUUGCACGUGCUUCAGGACGUCGAUCUGGGACGAAACCUUGUACAAGGCCUGGUCCAGUAUAGUUUAUCAGCUCAUCCCAAACGUCCAGCAGCUAGAGACAAACCUGAGAAAUUUUGCACAGAUCAUAGAAGCAGAUGAAGUUCUUCUGUUUGAGAGAGCCACCUUCCUGGUGAUCUCCCACUAUCAGUGCAAAGAGCAGCGUGACGCUCACAGGUUCGAGAAGAUCAGCAACAUCAUCAAACAGUUCAAGCUCAGUUGUAGUAAACUCGCAGCCUCUUUCCAAAGCAUGGAAGUUAGAAACUCCAACUUUGCGGCCUUUAUCGACGUCUUCACCUCCAACACUUACGUCAUGGUGAUCAUGUCGGACCCCUCUAUUCCAUCUGCAGCCACUCUCAUCAAUAUCCGUAACGCAAGGAAACACUUUGAGAAGUUGGAGCGCGUGGACGGACCCAAGCACAGCCUGCACAUGCGGAUGCGUUAGCCCAUUCUUAUUUCCCAGUGGAUACUCUCAGCCAAUCAAUGCACAGAGCACAGAUAGCAUGUUGCAGCCUCCAAGCUCUGAUAGAUAGAUAUAAACAGCCCUGCAUCACUUCUGUUCUAUCUUUACAUUCAAUCAACAGUCAUUCUGGGAAAAACAUUUUUUUUAUUUUAUUUUUUUUUUGGUCUAGUUUCUACAGGGAUCAGAAGUAUGUUGAAUAGUGACACGUUCUGAUGGAAUAUUUAAGCUUAGUUGACACAUUAAGCAGUUAAAAAAAAAUGUGUUCACCACGAAGGCUGCCUUUCUUUUCACACUUUGUGGGUAUCCAUUGGAUUUAUAUAGUCGAGGAAGUUUAUCCCAUUGACACAGUUUGAUUUUCAACUGCGGUUUUUAAACUGUCAUCAAAAUAUAGCUAUAUUUAGAAACCUA